AUGGUCUUCACGAAGGUUAUCAAGACGCCCGCCUACUACUCGCGCUUCCAAGUGAAGUACCGUCGCCGUCGUGAGGGACGCACUGACUAUCAGGCUCGCCGCAACAUGAUUCGUCAGGAGCUAUGCAAGUACAACACCCCCAAGUACCGCUUCGUUGUGCGUUUUACUAACCGUAAAGUCAUCUGUCAGAUUGUCUACGCCACCGUCUGCGGCGACAAGGUCAUUGCUUGUGCUGACUCCACGGAACUCGCUCGCUACGGCAUGCCCGUUGGACUUACCAACUACGCCGCGGCUUACGCCACGGGUCUGCUUUGCGCCCGUCGCGUCCUCCAGAGCCUGAAGCUCAAUGAAGUCUGCGUGGGCCAGACCCAGGCUGACGGCAAGGAGUAUCACAUUGAGGACGAGGACACGGAACGCAGUGCUUUCAAGUGUGUGCUCGACAUCGGCCUGGUGCGCACUACGACCGGAAACCGUGUGUUCGGAGCCCUCAAGGGUGCCGUGGACGGCGGACUGUACAUCCCACACUCGUGCAAGCGCUUCCCCGGCUACUCACGCGGUGAGAAUGGUGCUGACGAUAGCUACGACGCCGAGGUCCAUCGCAAGCGCAUCUUUGGUGUCCACGUCGCUGAGUACAUGAAGAUGGUCCAGGAGGAGGACCCCGAGGAGUUCGCCUCUAAGUUCGCCGCCUACGUUAAGGCCGGCAUCCAGGCGGACCAAAUCGAGGAACUCUACAAGAAGGUCCAUGACGGAAUCCGCGCCAACCCCGAGCGACCCAAGACCGAGAAGAAAUCCUUCCCCAAGACCGUCCGCGAGGGCAACUACCUCAAAACCGUCGGAAAGGACGGCUCUGAAGUCAAGUACUGGAGACCCUUAAAGCUCACCAAGGAACAACGAGCCAGUCGCGUGCAGGCCAAACUUGCAGAAAUUGCUCGAGUUGCUGCUGCAGCCCUCGAGGAAGAGUAA